GAGAAGAAUGGUGACAUCACCCUCUCCACCCAACCUGAUUUGGGAUGGAGGUACAGCAGCAGUGAGAGGCGGACUGGAGGAGAAAGGAAAAAGUGUGAACAGCUGCAAAGCCCGUUAUGUAGCAGGACAAACCGGAGGGCGACUAGUAACCCCUGCUGCGGGAAUGGGGGUUCCCUUGUUUCAUUUUACUUGCUGAUCGCACUUAAAGAGCAAUAAAGGCUACUAUGAAAAGUAAAUAAACUUCAAACAGCUGUAUUUUUGCACGGAUCAGGAGGUCCUUUGGUAGCAUUAACUUUUUAAAAGUUAUUAAACUUUUUCCAUUCUUGGAAGUCGAGCCCAGGAAUUUAGAAACACCUUUUUUUCUUGAUUGGAGUAUACAUUGUUAUUUUUCACUGCUGAGGCAUGAAGAAGGGAAAGCAAAACACCACGUCUUAAAUCACUGGGAGUAUUUUAACUUUCCUCUUGGUGGAAAAUUGUUUGACGCACUCGUAUAAAAUAUUUCGAUGAGGAGGUACACUGGGUAAAGCAUUUUGUGACACAUCUUUGAAUUUGUCUGGAAAGGCAACGUGUCCAGGGUCCCCUCCAUGGCGCCUGGCUGGAUGCUGAAGCUGAACACCUUGCUGGCUUUCCUGUGCUCACGGUUACAGGUGUAUGGAGACGAUCAUCUGUCCGAAUUCAAGGAAGGUUUCAUGGUUUUAGCCAGUGCUUACCACUACUGGCCCUUGGAAAAAGUCAAUGGAAUAAGAGAUCUUCGGGAUGGAAAAGGAAACCAAACAGCUGUACGAAUCUACAACUCCACUGUGCUUACCUCCCAUUCGUGUGCCCUUGUAAAUACCAAUGAAUCUGCCUACUCUAACUUCUCUGCAUCUGUAGACAUUAUGGAAGGGAAAGGCCACACAGGUAUUUACAUUAAAGAUGCAACUGGCAUGACAUCCCUCUAUGAUGGAAGUGGUACGUCUUGCAUAACUGACCAGGAACUCAGUGGGACAGAAGGAAUUACUGUAUCAUUUUUCUGGAGAGAUUCAGAUCCAGAGUCCUCACCUAUGGAUUCAUCAAGAGUGAUUUCCCGUAUAUUUCACGUAUUCGCAAACCACAUAGAAUUUUAUAACUUUGAGAAUUCAUGGAGCUGGAAGGUGGACAUCAAGCCUCCAACCAUUUACUGGACACAGAUUCUUUUUACAUGGAAGAAAGGUUAUGGCUUAAAGGUUUACAUCAAUGGCACUUCAUUCUCUAAUGAUACAAUGGGAAACAUUUUACAAGAAUACAAACCAGAGCCUGGCAAUAUUGUUAUUGGGACAGCAAAGGAUCCAUCUGCUUGUCAUUUUCUGAAUGUGAUGUUUGAUGAGUUUGUAAUCUGGAAAAAAGCACUUACUGCAGAACAGAUUGAGAUGUAUUUUGCUGCGGCCGUGGGUCAGUCCAUGUGGAUUUCUACCACUUAUUCUUGGCUGAACUUUACUGGCACAACUGCCAUUCCGCAGGUAUCUACAGAUGCUUACCAUCCUGUCAUCACUAACCUCAAGGAAAACAGACAAACCUUUCAGUAUCCAGUACCUGUGCUUGGAUUUCUCGAGUCAGUGUUACAAAACCUGCCCAACAAAUCCUUACAACAAGAAACAGCCUUUAAUUUAACUGAGACCUUUAUGAAGACAUUGGAAGAAGUCCUUUCCUUGCCUAGCUGGUCAGAAAUAACAGAGACGGACCCUGUUGUAGGUGACUUAAUUGAAACUGUCAGCAAAGUUAUGAAUCACAUGGCUAGCAACUUGGAGCCGAGUCCAACUUCAGUGAUAUCUAUUGAAGGCACUUCAGCUGUGGCAGAAUAUUCACUGGUCAAAAUACCUCCAGCAAGCAGCAUGGCUCCCUAUCGUUUUCCAUCCCAAGGAUCGAGUUACAUCUCUGUACCUGGUGAAGCCUUCCACAGUAAAGCUCGGACUACCAUUGUUGGCUUGCUGUAUCACACCAUGCAUCGUUUCUAUAAGAAAAUCAACCCCCUCAAUACCAAGAUUUCAGAAGCAGUUCAUUACAAAGAACAUAAGAUCAUAGUAGCCAGCCAUAUCAUAUCGUUAAAGGUCGAACCACCACCUGCUCUUUCCCGUAACCUUUCUGGAGCUCCUUUAAUUCGAAUUGUGCUAGCACAUACGCUGAGCACAGAGCAGAGUAACCAGAUGGUAAACAAUACCAACAAGCUGUUUCUGUACUGUGCAUUUUUGGAUUACAGGUCUGGCACUGGAGUCUGGUCAGAUGAAGGUUGCAUACGUAUACAUGGAAACCUUUCGUACUCAGUUUGCAUCUGUAACCACCUUACCAACUUUGCUAUUCUGAUGCAGGUGGUACCUAUGGAGCUAACUAAAGUCCACCAGGUGGCACUGUCCUCCAUCAGUUACAUUGGAUGCUCCGUCUCCAUCUUUUGCCUGACUAUAACGCUGGUCACGUUUGCAAUACUGUCGUCCGUCAGUACAAUUCGCAAUCAGCGCUACCAUAUCCACGCCAAUCUAUCCUGUGCCAUCCUGGUGGCUCAGAUCCUGUUGCUUAUCAGUUUUCGUUUUGACCCUGGAACAUUGCCCUGCAAAAUUCUUGCCGUCCUUCUUCAUUUCUUCUUCCUGAGCGCAUUUGCCUGGAUGCUGGUGGAGGGGUUACAUCUAUACAGUAUGGUGAUCAAGGUGUUUGGGUCAGAAGAAAGCAAGCAUUUGUACUACUAUGGAAUUGGUUGGGGUUUUCCAUUGUUGAUCUGCAUUGUUUCAGCAACGUCAGCAUUGGACAGCUAUGGGGAAGUAGGCAACUGCUGGCUUUCUUUGGAGAAAGGAGCAAUUUGGGCCUUUGUUGCUCCUGCAUUGUUUGUGAUUGUGGUUAACGUUGGCAUUCUUAUAGCUGUAACAAGAAUAAUUUCCAGAAUUGCUGCAGAUAACUACAAGGUACAUGGAGAUGCCAACGCUUUCAAGUUGACUGUCAAGGCAGUAGCAGUGUUGUUGCCGAUCCUCGGAAGCUCCUGGAUAUUUGGGGUUCUAGCCAUCAAUGAUCACUCUAUAUUAUUUAAGUACAUGUUUGCUAUUUUUAACUCCUUACAGGGUUUCUUCAUCUUCCUCUUUCAUUGUCUUCUUAACUCUGAGGUACGAGCUGCCUUUAAACACAAAACCAAGGUCUGGUCCCUCACUAGCAGCUCUGUUCGCAAUGUCAAUGUGAAGCCUUUCAACUCCGACAUUAUGAAUGGUAACCGACUUGGAACAUCUCCUACUAAGUUAAACACCUGGGACAAAAGCAGCCAUUCGGCAAACCGGAUUGAUCUGUCUGCAGUAUGACAUCAUCGGGUCAUGUGAAAUCAUAUUUUAUCACUGGCGUACUUCAGUGUACUUUUGGCACAUUUGUAUAUUAACUACUGUGGCUUGUGCUUUGAACACCAAGUGACCUUAAAGGUUCAGCAGCUGCUUGUGGAAGAAAGAAAAGUCACCAAAUAAGCUUAACACUUCUGAAACUAAUAGCCAAAACCUAAGUACUGUUUAACAAUGAGCUGGUUGAGGACAUUACUGGAAUUCAGUGACUCUGUCUCCUUUGUUGACAUGAUACUAUUUCACGGAGGUAAAAAUAAUCGCUGCAUCUAUCCUGCUGAGCUCCGAAAAUUGCUUUUAUUAAGGACUGUGAAUAACAAUUGCUUUUUGUGUUUGUAAGGCCUGCUUUACUUCUGUCUGGAGUUUACUAUGUAAUUUGUAGCAGUGUGUUUCCAACAAGAGUUCCUUUAUGACUGACAAAAUAAAUAAGUAGAUUGUGCAGCUGGCCUGAUGUUUCUUAAAGUUAAAGUGCUAUUGCUGUCCCUGAAAGUCGGCUCUACUCCAACUGCAAAUUUAAAACAAUGAAGAUUUAAUUUAGCAGGAGAAUCAAGGUAUCGACUUUAGCCUAGUACAACCCUACAUAUUUUUAAAGGGUUCUCGGAUGAACAUGACUUCUCAGAUAAACAGUAUAUAGGACCCAGGUUUCUGUUCUGAUUUUUGUUUUCAUGUAAACAUAACUUGUAAUUGUGGACUGAGUCUUCAAUUGUAUAAAUGCUUCUGGCAUUUGAAACAUACACUACAUUUUGCUAAAAGAGCCUUUUAUACAUGUCACUGUGACUUUAUGCAUUUCAUUGAUCAAAAACAUCCACAAAAUGACUGUGAUAAUGGUAAUAUUUAUAUCAUCUUAGUUAAACAAUCAGAGACCUCAUGAUGUCAUUGUUUAUUUUGUGUACCUUAAUUUAUGUUGUGCUAAAAGAAAUGCUUUUACAUAGUUAUACAUCGUAAACUUUUUUCUUUAACUGUUAAUCACUUCUGUAUUAAUUUUGUAGCAGACGUAUCACAGGGCUUUGUGUCAGUAUAACCUAUACAUAUUUUGUAAAAGGCAUUACAAGUUUUUUUUUUUUGCAAACUGGUCUUUGCAAAAGAAAAGUUUGCACAUACAUCUGUACUUUGAACUGACUAAAUACAUGCUCUGGUAAAUUAACCUAUAAAGAUAUAUGCUGAUUGGCCUCUUUAGAGAGGUGGAGAAAGAUUGACUAACCUAUACACUUAAAACAUAUGUACUGCUUUGAAAGAGAACUUCAAGUUUGUCUAAUAAAUGCUUCAGUAGAAUCUAGACAGCUGGCUAGUAAAUGGCUACUACAUUGGAUGACAAAGGUCAUUAUUUCUGAGCAGGAGAAUGUUGGCAGGGUGUCUAACAUAAUGUUAUUUUUAUGAGAGUGUUACUGGUAAAUUUGUUUUUAAUGAACCUGAAAUGAGAACUGUUAAGUUACAUUUUAUAAUAAGAUAAAAGGCAGGUAUUUGUAAAUACAGUGCAUUACUUACUUACUUUACAUGGUACUACUCCAGGGAGUAUAUUAAUAAAAUUUAUUUUGAAGAAUA